GUUCAGUGUGUUCUCAAACAAUUCCCAGUUAUGUUUGUGUCCAAGCUGACUAUUUUAUAGUCAAAAUAUUUCCUGAGAAGAUUUCAGAUAUUGGCAGUUCUGAGUUUCCCUGACACCAACUAUGUACACCUUGAGUUUCCUGAGCGCUCAACAACUGGUCAAGGAUGAGGAGGCCAUGUGUGAAAUGUUGGAAUCUGUGCCAUGCAUUGUGUAUGAUGUCCUAUUUAAAGUGGCUUACAGAGAAAAUAAGACAAAGCUGCUGUGUGAUAUGGUGAUGACGUGGCCUUACUCCCAAUUUAAAUUCCAGAAGCUGUUACAGACAUGUUGGUGUUCUUCCAGGAGUUCUUCCAGGAAUUGUCAAGAAUGUUGGGAGAGUCUCGAUUAUAAUGAGUCAACUGGAAAUAAAAUUAAGGCUAUCAUCGGGGGAGGGCUAAGAUAUAUAUGGAAAGUAACCAUGAAUAAUUCACAGCAGCUCCCAAGAAGGAUAUUGAAGCAGAUGGAUAUGACAGGAUUAGUUAGUAGCGAUACUUGUUGGGAUAGAAAUCUCAUGAUACUGUGGACCCACUCAAUAGAUGCUUUCCGAAACUACAACUCAUCACAGCAGCAGACAGAUGAUCCACAAAACCAGAGAGGAGACCAGAUGGCAGAAGGCUCUCCAGUCUCAACAAAAGAAACACAUGUGGCUCUCCUGGUAGAUCUCCAAUUGACCUCUUUCCUUUGGGAAUUUCUAAAGGAAAUUCUUGAGAACAACACCAACAACUAUCUCCACCUGAAGUGCCGAAAUUUCUGCACUUCCUACACUUUUCUUCGUGAUUAUGUAAAAUGUUUUGCUCUUUUAGACUCUUUGGCAAUCUGCAGAAUGGACCUAAGAUAUAGCAAAAUAACCUUGAUGGAUAGCAAAUGGCUUAUGUCACAGCUGACAACUUUACAAAGCUUGCAGAGCCUGUUUUUACCUUCUUUUAGGAUAGAUGAAAAAAAGAAUGCAGCCCUUGCACAAAAGACUGAUAUUCAAAUUCUUGCUGCAGAACUGGGCAAACUGAAACAUCUCAGAGAGCUUUCUAUACAUUGUCUUUGUCUUUCAGACCUCGUGGAGUAUCUGCUUAGAGAUCUACCUUACUCCCUAGAGAGCCUUCAACUUUCUUACUGCUCUCUGACAGAGAAAGAUCUAAGUUACAUGGCCCAGAGUCACCAUAGCGCCCAUCUCAUAAAGCUGGGUCUUUCUGGCAACAGGCUAAAAGAACAACUAGAUUCUUUCCUGAAACUUCUAAAGUCAGUCUCAAACUCACUGAAGUGGCUAAAUAUAACAAAAUGUGGGCUCAAUGACAUUAACUUUUAUGAAACCUCAUCCUAUCUAUAUUCCUGUACCAACCUCUCCCAUCUUGGUCUGUAUGGCAAUCCAUUAUCUAAGAGGAGUUUGACUGCUUUCUUGGAGCCAUCCCCACACAAACUGCUCAACAUGAAGAUAAUAUCAGUUCCAAUCUUCUUGGAUUGCUACAGAAACCUGCCCCAGCAUCUAUCUUAUUUAAGGACACCAGAGCAAUACGUCGAGAGUAGCGAUUUUGUUUCUAUCCUGAAUGAAAUUAAAUCAACGCAACUCACAAGAGGAGACUUGGCCAUUGCUGUGACUUACGAUUCUCUCUCUGAUGUGGGUGACUAUUUUGAUCUGCGGUAAUGGGUUGAUUAUCUUAAAUGAGGAGAAUCUCAUUAAACCAAAUGUUUAAUUACUAUUUUUAUCUCAAGUUGGAGACAAUGUAUAUGCACUUAUCAGUCGCUCUUUGUAUAAAGUGAUAUCUUUCAAUGUUUUUAUAUCAUUUUAAAUAAAUGUCUUUUAAGGUA